UUUGUAUGUAUAUGCAGUUGUGCAGGCUUUAUUUGUUUUUAUAUUUGGUAAUAAUAAAUAAUAUUCCGGUUUAAAAUGCAUUAAACUGACAUAAACCUUUACGGUUCUCAAAUACAUCUUAAACUCCUCUGCAAUAACUUUAUCAUUUAAAAUGAGGAUUCCAGGACAUGUAUUAAAUCUUCGGCGAGGAUUUUUUAUGGUUUCCAAAAGAUUCAAUAGUAGUCUUGGGCUGUGGAAUGAAGACAUCUCAACAGACAUUAAGUUAAAAAUAGAAAAGCAUUGGUGUGAAAAUGUACAAAGAAAAAACAGCAAUAUUAAUGACAAGCCAUACUAUGUGCUGCCAAUGUUUCCAUAUCCCUCUGGGAAUUUGCACAUGGGCCAUGUACGAGUAUAUUCAAUAUCGGAUACAAUUGCAAAGUUUCAUAAAAUGAAUGGAAAAAAUGUUUUACAUCCAAUAGGAUGGGAUGCAUUUGGCUUACCUGCUGAAAAUGCAGCCUUGGAGCGCAAUAUUCCUCCACAGAAAUGGACAAACACCAAUAUUUCUACAAUGAAAGCUCAACUUAUUGAUUUAGGCUUUAACUUUGAUUGGGACAGAGAAAUAAGUACAUGUGACCCCCGAUAUUACAAAUGGACACAAUACAUAUUUCUGAAACUAUUUGAAAAUGGUUUAGCCUACCAAAGUAAGGCAAAGGUGAACUGGGAUCCGGUAGACAAAACAGUGUUAGCAGAUGAACAAGUAGAUGACAAUGGCUGUUCAUGGAGGUCAGGUGCUAAAGUUGAAAAAAAGGUUCUUACUCAAUGGUUUAUCAAAACAACAAAAUAUGCAAAACAGCUGUAUAAUGGUCUGAAUAGUAAAAAUUUAGAGAACUGGAAAGACAUUAUUAACCUCCAAAAACAUUGGAUUGGAGAAUGCAAUGGGGUUUCAGUUACAUUUCAGAUUAAAGUAGGAGAUAAUUUAAAAUCUUUUGAUGUGUGGACCUCUGACCCAUAUAAACUCUUACAUGGGGAAUUCUUAACUAUGCAAAAAGAUAAUAUAAUUUUAAAUGAAUACCUAAAAGACAAAACUUUAGGUCUAAAAUGUAUUAAUCCAAUAACAAAUUCUGAAAUGCCAAUAUAUGUAGCAGACAAUGUGAAUUAUCCUGAAGGACAGGAGGUAUAUUUAGCAUGUCCUUCUUUAGAUGUUGAAGAUAGAAAAUUAUCUCAAGAUCUAGGAAUUUCCUUUAAAGACAGAGCUGGAAACAUGAAUAUAGACAAUGAAAAUCAAAAAGCGAUAGAUGUAGCUUUAAGUGAAAAUGUUGGAGGACAUUUUGUUAGUUCUAAGCUUAAAGAUUGGUUAAUAUCUAGACAAAGGUAUUGGGGCACACCUAUACCAAUUAUUCAUUGUUCUAAAUGUGGCAUAGUUCCUGUACCCUAUAAUGAUCUUCCUGUACCAUUACCUGAGGCCCACUCUUUUGAAUUUGGUUCACCAUCAUUAAAGGAUAUGAAAGAUUGGAUGACAUGUAAAUGUCCAAAAUGUUCAGCUACUGCAACAAGGGAAACAGACACAAUGGAUACAUUUGUUGAUUCUUCUUGGUACUUUUAUCGAUUUCUGGAUCAUGACAAUAUAGAUAUACCAUUCAGUAAAGAAAAAAUUAAAGAUUUUACCCCUGUUCAUUGUUACAUUGGUGGUAAAGAACAUGCAGUUUUGCACUUAUAUUAUGCUCGGUUUAUGAGUUAUUUUUUGCACUCUCUCGGGUGGACAUCAGAACCGGAACCUUUUAAGAAACUUCUGGUUCAAGGUAUGAUUAUGGGACAAAGUUACAAAAUCAAAUCAUCAGGAAAAUAUAUAACCCCAGAGGAUGUUGAAAAAGUAGGUAAAGAAUACAAAGAAAAAAGUACUGGUGAAUCUGUUUUAGUUCAGUGGGAAAAAAUGAGUAAAUCCAAAUAUAAUGGUGAAAAUCCAAAAAGGCUAUUGACCACUUAUGGAUGCGACACAACGCGGUUACUCAUGCUGGCUGACGUGCCUCCUGCUACCAGUAGACAUUGGUCUGAUGCAACUCUUCCAGGUGUAUUAAACUGGCAACACCGCUUGUGGAUAACUAUUCGGGAUUUUAUAAACCACAGAAAUAAUGUAGAUAUAUUAAAGCAAAACGAUUUGUCAAAGGAAAUGAAAGAUUUGGACAUGAAAAUAUGGAACUCAAGAAACUAUUUUAAUGCUACUGCAACCUAUCAUUUUCAAUACACCCAAAAACUGAGUGUUGGAAUCUCAAGAUUGCAGAGCUUGACAAAUGUUUUACGAAACAAUGUACCACCAGAAGUAAUAGCUAACAGUAAAGAAUAUGAAUUAGCACUUGCAUCAUUAAUUAUAAUGUUGACACCGGUAACUCCACAUUUUUGUUCACAAUUGUGGGCAGGAUUUUUAAUGGCACCUAACAGAUUAAAUAAUAACUCGGUUAUAGUAGACUGGCAGAAAAGUGUGCUAGAUCAAAAGUGGCCACAAGUGGACGACCAUUUCGAACUUUCAUUCUUAUGUAAGGUAGAUGGAGCUGACAGAUGCGAACUUAAAAUAAGGGCGGAUGAACUUUCAAAAAUCACUCAAGAAAGGGCUUUACAAAUAAUGCUCGAGCAAGAACCUGUUGCUAAAAGAAUUGCAAGAGGCAUUAUCAAACAACCCACCUUUCAGGCUACUCGUAACGUUUUUGGCAAUGACACAGAUUCUGAUGAUGAACCUAAGAAAAAACUAGUUCUUCUAAGACCAAGUGAUAACAUUAAUAGACAGAGUAAAAUAUCACAAGAAAAGGCUAUAACUGAGGACCCUACCGUGUACCAGUAUGAUGAGAUAUACGACUCUAUGAUCAGUAAAAAGGAGGAGAAAAAAGAAAAGAGUAAAGAACAAAAGAAACCAAAAUAUAUAGAAAAUUUGAUGAAAGCAGCAAAUAAGAGAAAGAUUGAAAAUGAAUGGCGAUUAGAGAGACAGAUACAAAAAGAAAGAGAAAAAGAGGGAGAUGAGUUUGCAGAUAAGGAAGUAUUUGUUACUUCAGCUUAUAAACAGAAAUUGGAAGAAUUGAGAAAGGAAGAGGAAAAAGAGAAAUAUGAAGAAUAUUUGGAAAGUAUUGGAGAUGUAACAAAACAAAAAGAUCUAGGUGGUUUCUAUCGACAUUUAUAUGAACAAAAGUUAGGAUCUGAUAAACCGGAGAAUAAUGAUAUAAUGGUACAAAGUAGCGAUGGAAAGGUUGAUGAUGAAAAAUCCGAAAUCAAGGUGAAAGAUGAUAAAACACAAAUAAGUAAAAAGAGGAAUUACAGGAAAAGAAAAUCAUCAGAUCACAAAAACAUGUCGGAAGGAGAAAUUGAUGAUUCUGAUGAAGAAAUUAAUAGAUGUAAUUUAGAAGAAAUUAGAAUGUCAAAGAAAUCUAAGCAAUUUGAUGCAAAUAUAGAUGCAGAUUCAGACUUUUCUAUAGAUGAUUCAAGUGAUGAAGAUGGUAGGAGCAAAAAUGAUGAAGAAAAAUCUGCAAAACAAAAAGAUACCAGUAAAGAUGACAUCUCUACAGAAAAGGAAGUUAAACCUGUCGUAAUGGAUGAAAAGAUCGAAAAAGUUGAGAGUAAACCUGAGCCACCAGUUGUUAAGAAAAUAGAUAUAUGGAAAAAGCGUACUGUUGGAGAAGUGUUUGAACAAGCUCUCAAAAGAUAUUAUGAAAGAAAAGCUAAUAGGGGGUUGUAGCAUGAAAUAAAAUACUUAAAUUGUU